AAAAGACUCUCACUACUCGGUAUUCAAAGCUGCAAGAAUGUAUAGAAUGGAUUCGGAAACGAUCAACACAUUAGUAAAUGGGGAGAUGGAUUAUUCAGACCUAAGAGAAAAGUUGCUUCAAAAUAAGGACAAACCAGCUAUUAUAAAUGUUACAAUUGGAACUACCUUCAAAGGAGCUGUUGAUGACCUUGAUAUUAUUUUUCUAACACUCAAAGAUUGUGGCUAUUCACAAGAUAUGUUUUACAUCCAUUGUGAUGCAGCACUAAGUGGGUUUAUUGUCCCCUUUAUAAACAAUAUGAUAAGCUUCAAGAAGCCAAUUGGAAGCUUCACGAUUUCUGGUCACAAGUUUUUGGGAUGUCCAAUGCCUUGUGGUGUCCAAAUAACAAGAAAAUCCUACAUCAAUAACCUCUCAAGAAAUGUGGAGUACAUCGCUUCUGUGGAUGCCACUAUUUCUGGAAGUCGUAACGGUUUAACUCCAAUUUUUCUAUGGUAUAGUCUGAGCGCUAAAGGUCAAAUUGGGCUACAAAAAGAUGUUAAAAGAUGCCUCGACAAUGCCAAAUAUUUGAAAGAUCGUCUUCAGCAAGAAGGGAUAAGUGUCAUGCUAAACGAGCUUAGCAUCAUAGUUGUAAUUGAGAGGCCUCGUGACCAUGAAUUUGUCCGUCGUUGGCAACUUUCAUGCAUGAAAGAUAUGGCACAUGUUAUUGUAAUGCCAGGUAUCACCAGGGAAACGCUGGAAAAUUUCGUCAAUGAUCUAGUGCAACAAAGAAAAUUGUGGUACCAAGAUGGAAGAGUUGCGCCCCAAUGUAUUGCAGAUGAUAUUGGUGCUCAAAAUUGCUCAUGCUCUUAUCAUAAAAUUGACUAUAUUAUUUCUUAGAAGGCCACGAAGAAAAGAUCAACUCCAACUUGGAUUGCAAUUACAGAGCUCUAAAUUUGUUGUCAUCAAGCGGGUGAUGACAAAAUACAAGAUCAACUCGAACUGCCGUACAAGUGUACAACCUUUAAAAACGAGUUUUUUUAAAAAAGUUUUUACCCCACUUUAAUUCCUUCGUGACUCAAACAGUCAAACCUAUAACCUAGCUCAGAAUGGAGAUAGAAGAGGGUGUUUACCUCUUGAACAAUCUUCUCUUGUCACAAAAUAUAAGUAAAUUCUUCACAAAAAUAUACUCUUUCUCCUACAAUUUACAACUUAUGUCAUAUGUGUACUGAUCAAUUGCGAUAGAAAUUAGCUCGAAUUGUCAAAAAACAUAUAACGAGAUAAAAUGCUUCACACCCAACAAUGUGGGACUCUAACGACAUUAUUAGUUUUUCUAAUAUGGUUA